AUGGACACAAGAAGAUAUAUCAUUGACACCGAUGCAGGGAUAGAUGACCUCCAAGCUCUCUUUCUUGCCUUGAGGCACCUCAAUGUAGUUGCGAUUACCACUGUCGCUGGAAAUGUCUCAGUUGAAAAAGUGACCAAGAAUGUUACUAAGGUUCUUGAAGUAUCUCAAAAACAAAUUCCAAUUUACUGUGGCGCAGAGAUGCCGCUCUGAAAGGAUAUCGAAAAUGCUGAAAGUUAUCAUGGAGAGGAUGGAAUAGGAGAUCAUGAAGAAAUAGGCAAAAUGGAAGGCUGUACUGAACUAAUAAACACCACUAUGAGUGCAGCAGAAUUCAUUCUUCAAGAGGCUCAAACAGAAGGGUUAAAUAUGGUUUGCAUCGGACCACUCACUAAUCUCGCAAUUGCUAUGACUCUUGACUCUUCUCUCUCUGAAAAGAUUGAAAAUACUUAUAUCAUGGGAGGAACUUUAUUUGGCAAAGGCAAUAUAGCUCCAAACAAAGAAUUUAACUUUAAUUUCGAUCCAGAAGCAACUGCAAAAGUAAUUAAUAACUUUAAAAAUAUGCACAUAAUUCCAUGGGAAGCAGCAGUCGAUAACCCUGUUCCCAAAAAGCUUGAAGAAGCUAUAUUUGACAAAGAUGCAGAAGGUAAAUUAAAGUUUUUGGCCCAAGCCAACCAAAAGAACUUUAAUGAAUUGAAAUUCUUUGAAAUCUGUGAUGGGUUUGCUGUUUUAGCAAUAAUUAAUCCUGACUUAUGAACAGAGUCUUACAACCUAAUCGCUGAAGCCUACACUCAAGGAGAAGCUGCUGGCCAAAUCUCAUACAUGUGGGAGAAAUAUUGAUUCGCUUUUGACAAAAAGAAAGUCAACUGUAAGGUGUAUCACAAAUUUAACAUGGAUGAGUGCUGAGAUCUGUUACUCCAAUCUCUGACAGAAUAACCCUUCCAAAAGCUCACUUUACUUCAGUAUUGCCAC